AUGACUUGGGAUAUCGCGACUAUUAAUGAAGAAUGGCUGAUUGACCUUUGUCACAAGGCUGAGAAGGAAAGGGGCGUGAUCGGAGGACUUAUGAAAGGAGAUCGAGUCAUCAAGGUUUCCGACCAUAUUGCAGUUAAGUAUGGCUACGGUGUAACAGCUGCUGAAGCAGCCACACAAGAGUUUGCAUACAACAGAGUUGAUUCUAAUAUCGUUCAUAUCCCACGAGUCUACCGCUUUAUUGAACCAAAGGGAUCAGCACGCACCAAAGGAUACCUAUUUAUGGAGUAUGUGCCAGGCCAGAACCUUAAAGACGUUGAUCUAGAAGCUCGCAAAGACAUUUUACCACGCAUUGCAAAGAUAGCAGCACACCUGGGUCAGAUACAAGGAGGCCAGAGGCCACCUGGCCCAGUUGGCGGCGGUGAACCACAUGGAUAUCUAUGGGGCGAUCAUGGUGCGAAUACUGUAUUCAACUCUGUCGAGGACUUGAAUACAUAUAUGAAUAAACGUCUGAAGUUACGCAAUGAUUCUAUCGAUUUAGCGCCUCAUUCUCUCGUGUUAUGCCAUCUGGACCUCUGUCGAAGAAACAUUAUCCUCAAGGAUGAUGGAGUCUCUCUCUAUCUUGUCGACUGGGGAUCUGCUGGCUUCUAUCCCCGCUUUUUCGAGGUCGCAAUGAUUUCAUGCAUGCUUCCAUAUGAUGGCCCCUAUGAGCAGCCUCUUUUGCAAGAAAUCGAGAAUGUAAUAGAUCUGACAGAUGAAGAGAAGCGACUUACUCAGCUUAUUCACUAUGUCCGCGCCGCAAAUCUGAGAUAUUUAUUCGAUGAAGAAACCUCAUUUGAUUUUGCUGCGUUCAUGGCAUCAACCAUGAAAGAAAUACCACCAAAGGAGACUGUUCCUGGACAAACACUUGUUUCAAAACUGGGCGACUGA